AUGGCUGAAGUGAGAAUUUUCGUCUGGUCAACAGCUGAUGAGCGGUGCUUGGCUCCAGAGCUCCGCCAGGCCGUUGAUGACCUGAAAGCUGCUGUCCAUUCUGCAAAUUGCUGUCUAACUACCUUUCGCUUCCUGGACUCGUUCCCCCACCUCAGUACCCAACACCCGGAGAUCCAAAAAGCUGUUGAAAAAGUGGCUCGGCUUGCACAGGACCAGGAGGAAAACACCAAUCAGGCCGUGCAAAAAGCCCAAAGAACAUUCGAAGCUCUGUCUCCUGAACACCAACAUGGCUUGAUGCAGUACUAUGGGGAAGACCUCCGUUUCUACCUCGAAAUCACCAUUCCUCUGGGUCUAUCACACACUCCCACCCCUCUCAAGGAAUUCCAGGUGUUGUUAUUUGACAUUGAAAAUUACCACCGUGCACUCGCCCGGGUACGUGGAGUGGAGGCGAACAUUGCGGAUAUCUUUUUCGGGCUACCAUCCAUCCAACGACUGAUGCGGGAAAAUCGAGAUGAAGAACUGCGACUGUUAGAACUACGCAGCUCGGCUGAGGUUCAACUGCGUAGGCAAUUCUUUGCCUUGAAUCGAGAGCAUCAGGAUAUGCUCUGGCUAUGGUAUCAAGACUUUAUGGGGAUCAGUGGGAUCCAGAGGGAUGACAAUGCGCAAUACCCUUACUCGAUUAGGACCUGA